UCAUGCAUGAUAUCUUCUGAAGAAUUCAAUAAUUUUCUGAAGCUUAAGACUCUAAUCUCAUCUCUGUACUUUACUGAUCUUUGUAGCCAUGGAGGUAGUUCAAUUCAAGUUCGUCCUUCCAUUUCUUUUCGCUGCUUUCCUGCUCAUCCCAUCAAUUCAAGCCACAGAAGUUCACUAUUGUGAUAGGAAAGGUCACUAUGCCGUUGCGGUGUCUGAAGUUGAAAUAUCUCCAGACCCUGUGGUGAGAGGCAAGCCUGCUACCUUCAGCAUUAUGGCAUCUUCAGGUGAAGCCAUCUCUGGUGGGAAGGUAGUUAUUGAUGUUUCUUACUUUGGGGUACACAUCCACAAGGAGACCCAUGACCUUUGUGAGGAAACAUCAUGCCCGAUUUCAGGAGGCGAUUUUGUGCUUUCUCAUUCCCAAGUCUUACCAGGAUACACUCCACCAGGUUCCUACACACUGAAGAUGAUAAUGAAUGAUGCAGAUCGGAAAGAGUUGACUUGUGUUACCUUUGGUUUCCACAUCGGGAUAGGUUCAUCAGUGGCCGAUAUUUAAGCACUGGAGGAAGGUCUGAAAUCAUCACUUGUUAGGUCAACAUUGUAAAUAAGAAAGAUGGAUAAAA